GCAAUCACUUGUAGUUUACAUAGACUUAACAAUGUUCAUAGGAAGAAGUUUGAAGACAUUUAAUCCAAAGAAUCAGAAGUUGCUGAAAAGCAAUGUGACAUUGGGAGGGGAAGGUGUGACAGUUCAAGUUGGGUCAGGCGAUCUUGCUAUGAGACGGAAGGCACACAAUGGAAGUGCAACCUUUACUGGUCUUCGAAUUCUCGAUGUAAUGGAAAAUUUGCAACUAAACUUUACUGCAUCACAAUCAUAUUUCUUUCAUACUCGUGUACCUUUGGACUACUCUUCUCAAAGUGUAGCGGUUUUGCUGUCUCCUGAGUUUAAUGUGACACAUCAACGUGCUGUUGAUUUGCACAUAACAAGUGAAUCUGAUCCAUCACUUUCCACCAUCAUUGAUGCCAAUUUUCCCUUUCCUGUUCCUGUGGAAAUUCACAUUCGUGAUGAGCAUUUUAACAUUGUAACCAGUGGAAAUGACUCAGAUCUUGUCAUUAAUGUAAUCGUUGUAGGACAGGCAUGUUUGACUGGAAGUACAGUGAAUGCAACACGAGGAAUUGCAAAGUUUAUGGAUUCAGUUUGUGAAGCUGGUGUGUUCCAGCUUAAUUUUACUGCGAUAUUGGAUUCUGGUCUUAUUCUUAGUGCUCUCACAAACUCAUUUGAAGUUAAGGAAGAGAUCAGGAUUGGCAUCUUAGCCCCUCAACCAGAAGCGUGGGAUUUUUUUGGAAGUACAUUCUCUACCAUGGUAACUCUUGCUCUUGAAGACAUCAAUGAUCCAAAAAAAUUUAAGGACAUUUUUCCAAACAAGAAAGGUCGCAAGAAGUUGUCGUAUGUAGUUGCUCAUAUGCCUCCUGCAAACGAGACAACAGAUGUUGCUCCAGAGAUUGCUGCUAUUCGUGGAAUAAUGAACAUGAUCAGAACAAAUAGAAUCCACUUGUUGCUUGGUCCAACACUUAACUUGGACUUUGACAGUAUGGCAAUGAUGCCUGGAGUUUUCAACAUUACACAGAUUGGUUUGUUUCCUCAAGGAGAACGUUUUACAUACCAGCAACGCUAUCCUUUCUUGACACUUCUUGGGUACAGUUUUGAUCGAUUUGGUCAAGCACUUGCUCAUUUUUGUCACACUCACAAUUGGAAACGUAUUGCUGUUAUCUGGAACUCAAAGUUGCCUGUUCCUCGUUCAUUUCGUCAAGAGGCUGCUUCUCUUAACCUUGAGAUAGUUGCUGAUGAAUACAUUGUCAGUGUGGAUAGUGUGCAAAAUGUUCCUAAUUUGGAAGAGGUGAAUAAAACUCUUGACUACCUUCCAGACUACAAAGAGAACUUUGAUAGAAUUCGAAAUGCCAAUGUCGAUGUCAUUCUUUCAUUUCCAUUUAGUCAAGACUGCUGGCAUCUUUAUAAGCAAGCCAUCAAAUAUGCCAUUGCACCAUAUCAUGGUUUUCAGUGGGUGGCUGCAGGCACUCUCUCUGCCAUGUCAUAUCCUAGAGACAACUUUUAUAGUUGCAGCAUCCCAGAGAAUGUCACAUGUUCUGUAGGCUUUACUGGGAUGAUUCAAGUCGUACAGUAUUUGUUAAGAGACAUCGAGCAGUGGGAGCUAUGGACUGAGCUGGAGAGGCGAGUUAACAUGCUGGAUCCAAGUGUUUAUGAUCGAACAAUUCAAUACCCACGACGCUUCACUUUCUUGAUUCUUGGUAUGGUGUAUGAUGCAGUGUUGCUGUUCAUGAAGGCUGUUUCUGAUCUAAUAGAAAUGAACGCAACUCUAACAGCUGAAGCCAUUACAAAGCAAAUGCGAGAAUCAGGCUUUAGGGGCAUUUUUCCUGGACCACUUAGUUUUGAAGGGGGUGACAGAUCAGGAUAUCGUGGAGUUAUUGUUCAUAUCUUGCCUGUUAACAAUACAAGCACUGCCAACGUCCCUGAACUUAAUUAUGAAAUCAACUAUGGAUUUGAGCUAUCUAUUGAUCCCCAAUGUGACCAACCAUACUGUCGUCGCCUCAUUUACUUUCGCCUACGACCGGACACAACACCUGUUCUUUCAGAGUCAUGGCCAGCCGGCAAAGAGGUUGAAAGACGAUAUUUCCUUGGAGCAGAUCCUUUGACAAUGCAACCCAUGUUUGGAAACAGCAGUGGACCCGUUAUAUUCAGCUGUACGACUGGAUGUGGAGGAAACAAAUCUGUUGACCCUUUGGCACUGUGGAUUCCUGGCGGCUGUGAUAUCUUUAACUCAUUUAUAGAAUAUCGACAUUAUGAAAGUAAACGAUUCAAGAAGAAUGCUGUUGAAAAGCUAUGGAGAAUGGUUGGGGAGUACUACAAGGAACUGGUUGAGGCACUGGUCAAGCAAGGCCAUCAAGGGAUAGUUGACAUAGUGAAAAGUUGUUCUUCAAUUGACGUGAAUUCAAGCAAUGUGGAUUCCAUUGAUAUGGAUUCCAUUGACAUAAUGCAAUGUGUGGACAUUCUAGCAGAGUUUCCUCUUAGAUUUCCAUCUCCUCACGUCAUUAGCAACCAGCCAGCUGGUUCAGCAAGUCUUGUGUCAUGUCAAGUUAGUAUUGAAGUUGAUAGCAAGAAUGCAUACAAUAUGACAAUGCCCAAUCCCAAGUGUCUGUACAACAACCCUCUUUGCAGUGUUAUACUUAACAGGUGCAAUGUGUUUGAAGUGUUUGGAUCACUGAAUAUGACACAGUCAGAGACUUGUGAUGGUCCAACAUCUGCUGAAGGCGUCAACCUUCUUGAAGUGUGUCAUCUUAUUCCUGUGUACUCAAACGAAAAUCAGUACAUUUCUUGUCUUGGAUUGAAUGUGACAGGCUCAUUGUGUGAAGCGAUAACUCUUCACAACCACACAUGCAGUGAAUAUCCACAGAUUAACCGUUAUAACAAUGGCAAAUGUGUGUCAAAGGAUGUAUGUAAUUGUAACAAAUUGGAGGGCAAGGUAGCUUGGGCAGGUGCAAACUGUUCCAUUGCUGUUUGUGAUGGUGUAUGUAAUGGUCGUGGAGACUGCAUCAGUCCUCAAAACUGUCAUUGUCAUCCAGGAUACACACUUACACUUAAUGGUGGUCAGUGUUACAAGAAUUGCUCCGAAAUGAUGGCUUAUAACAACAGUAUGGGACCAGGCGGAGAUUGCUUGAAUGGAGGCACGUGUGUAGAGGUACCUAGACAAAAUUUGAGUGUGUAUUUCUAUGGGGAGACAAGAGAGUUUAGCUACACGUUGAAGUGUAGUUGUACCUCUGGAUAUAGUGGUGAUCGCUGUGAAAAUGUUGACAAGACAAUUUCUGACCAUCUGGUGGAGAUCAUAGUGCCUAGUGUUGCCAUCUCAUUUCUUCUUGUUGUCAUUGUUGUUGCAGCAGUACAGUACAAUAUUCGCAAGAUGAGAAUUAGAGAUGAACUUGCCAACACAGAUUGGCGUAGUAAAUGGGAAGAUCUCUUUUUUCAGCCAGACCAAAGGCCGUUUGGAUGGAGGGGAAGGGGAAGCUCAUCUCCAAUAGUUGAUGGAAGAACUGGCUCCAUGAUUCGUGUGGGCAGUGUCACUACUCCUCUUCCAGAUUGCGCUAUUUUUAAGGGUCAGAUGGUUGCAGUAAAGCGAGUAGACAAAGUGAGUGUAAAGUUAACUGAGGAGAUUUUGGCAGAAAUUCGAUUUAUGAGAUCAACACGUCAUGUGAAUAUUAUUCCAUUUAUUGGUGUAUGUAUUGAUCCUCCUCAUGUUCUUAUUCUUACUGAGUACACCUCGAAAGGCUGCUUACGGGAUGUCUUGAGUAAUAAAGAUAUUCGUUUGGACUGGGCAUUUAGGUACUCAUUGGCUCGAGAUUUGGCUCAAGGGAUGGAUUUUUUACAUCAUUCUGAUGCACAGUGGCAUGGACGACUGACAAGUAAUAACUGUUUGAUAGAUAGUCAUUGGGUAUUGAAGAUUACAGACUUUGGAUUACACCAGUUCAAACAAGGAGAACAGUCAUCUGAUGAUGUGUUGGAGCUUCAAAAGCUUUUGUGGGUUGCUCCGGAACUGCUAGUAGUCAGUGAGCCACAUUCUCUUCCCAUUGAGAGCAUGAUCACUGGCUUGGAUCCAAAGCUCCAGCAACUGGUAUCACGUUCUCAGUAUGUCACUCGCCAACCUGGUGGCACAAAACUGGCAGACGUGUACAGUUUUGGUAUGAUUCUUUAUGAGCUGAUGAUGAGGCAGUUGCCAUUUUAUGACAGUCAUUUGCCAUUAAAGCAAGUGAUUGCUCACGUGCAGCGAGACCCUGAGUUUCGCCCUUCCAUUUCUGACAACUGUCCAGUUGAUUUUUGUGAGUUUAUGCAGAAAUGUUGGGCAGAUUGUCCUGAGUACAGGCCGCCAUUUGGCGAAGUGUUAAUUAUCAUAAAGAAGAUGCAUGAUCCAGGAACUCUAGUGGACAAUAUGGUACAGAUGCUAGAGAAAUACUCGUCUAAUCUGGAACAUCUGGUUGAACAGCGAACACAGGCAUUGGCUGAUGAGAAAUCAAGAUCUGAAGAGCUUUUGUAUCGGAUGAUUCCCAAGAAGGUUGCGCAGCAGCUGAAGUCAGGAUCAAAGAUUACAGCAGAACAGUUCGAAGAAGUGACAGUCUGCUUUUGUGAUAUCGUCGCUUUUACGAAAAUUGCGGCUAAAAGCACGCCGCUACAGGUCAUCGGUCUCCUCAACGAUCUAUACAGUCGAUUUGAUUAUGUUAUUGACGAUUACAACGUUUUUAAACUCGGAACAAUCGGUGAUGCUUACAUUAUCGUAUCAGGACUACCAGAGAGAACAGGGCCUCAACACGCACCAGAGAUUGCCAAUACUGCAUUGGAUUUGAUGGCGUCUAUUAACGGCUUCAAGAUCAAGCAUUUUCCUGACCAUCAACUUCAACUGCGCGUUGGCAUUCAUUCCGGUACGUGCGUGGCUGGUGUGGUGGGUCUGAAGGUUCCCCACUACUGCGUGUUCGGCGAUACCGUCAACAUCGCGUCUCGCAUGGAAUCGACCGGUCUGGCACUUCGCAUUCACUUAAGCAGUACAACCACACGUAUUUUACGACGAAUUGGAGGCUACCACGUCGAGACUCGAGGGAAAAUCUCGAUCAAGGGCCGAGGACCGAUGGUCACCGCUUGGCUGCUGGGAAGAGAUGGUUUCAAUAAGGAACUACCAUCUCUUGAUGCAGCGAUUUCAGAAGAAGAUCACGAAUUUAAGGCGUAGAAUCCUAAGGAAGGUUAGAAACAAACAGAUGAGUAGUUGUUUGGACAAUGCAGACAUGAGUUCAAUUAAGAACUUCGUAUUGUGUUACAUUCGUAUGUUCUAAUUGUAGGUUGUCGUAAAUUUGUAUUACGUUUUGCUCUCUAGAAUAAUUUGUAGUAAAUAAAAUGUGUCACGUUU